CCUUCAUGUAAACAAUCUCCUCGGAAGUCGAAACGAGUUAAAAAUCUUCAGAUAUUUGAUAGCGAUUGAUGAAUGUAUGAUUUUAAGAUAUUCCAGCACAAAAUAGAUAGACAUGUCACACUCUUUCAAUAUAGUUGAUACUAGUGUGGACACUGAUGAGUAUGAAUCAGCUAUGGAGUCAACACCAGUUCAGUCAUUUUCAACAACGGAAGGAAUGAUCUCAGUGACGGAGCCUGCACCCUCUUCUGCUAUCAUAAAGGAGAGAUGGACAAACUUGCUUGCAUACUGGCUUCUAGGAUUGACAAACAACUUUGCUUAUGUUGUUAUGCUGUCAGCUGCCCAUGAUAUCCUUUCUCAGGAUUUCAGUAAUGAUGCAGUAGGCCUCCCAGAAAAUGCAACCAACAUUAGCAACCCCCGAGACUGUAACAGAAUGAGCACAGGCGCUAUACUACUGGCAGACAUUAUACCUUCUCUAAUAAUGAAAAUAUUUGCACCUUUUAUGUGGUCUCAUGUUCAUUUCCGUGUUGGGACAGUGGUUAUGCUGUGUGGUUUGUCCUUUGUACUUGUUGGAGAAGCUGUGAGUGAGAACAUGGCCAUCAUAGGAGUCGUGUGUGCGUCAGCCUCUUCGGGUCUCGGAGAAGUUACUUUCCUUGCUUACACAGCCAGGUUUCAUAGGAAUGUGGUGUCAACUUGGUCAUCUGGCACAGGAGCUGCAGGACUCUUUGGUGCAUUAAGUUAUGCAGGCUUCACCUCAGCUGGACUCACUCCAAGGACAACGGUGCUCCUUAUGCUGAUCAUACCAGUCAUUAUGAGCCUAAGUUUCUGGUUGUUGCUUAAGCAUCCAAACCAAGCAGGACUCUGUGGAUCACGUCAAAACUACAAAAUCAUCACGCAAGAAGAAGAUGAUGAAAGCGUUGAGGCCAAGGACUUUGAAGUUUCACUCAGGUUCUCAGAAAAAAUGGAGCUCCUGCCUUCUCUUCUGAAGUACAUGAUACCCAUUGCUCUUGUUUAUAUUGCAGAAUAUGUCAUCAAUCAGGGCCUAGUAGAAUUAAUCUACUUUCCUGGUGAGAAGGAUUGGCUGAACCAUCAUGAACAGUAUCGGUGGUAUCAAGCAACAUACCAGCUUGGGGUCCUCAUAUCCAGGUCCUCAGUUAAUUUCUUCUACAUUCGCCAAAUUUGGAUUACCACAGUUUUACAGUGGCUCAAUGUCCUUAUUUUCCUAACCUCUGCCAUCUUCUGGUGGAUCAGCAGCAUCUGGGUCAUUCUUGUGUUGAUUCUGUGGGAGGGACUCUUGGGAGGAGCAGCUUAUGUCAACACAUUUUAUAAAAUCACAGAAGAGGUCAGUGAUCACCAAAAGCCCUUUGCCAUGGCAAUUACAACACUCUCAGACACAGUGGGUGUAACUAUUGCUGGAUUUAUUUCAAUUCCUCUUCACAAUGUGAUCUGUCAACUACCACUGUAAAAGCUUGUGAUCAUUAGAAUUCUUAUUUUCACUUGCUUCUACAUAGUAAUGAUCCUGAUUGGUAUGAUCAAGUAUAAUCCCUGUUUAGAUUGACAGAAUGAUGCCAUAUGAAAUGUAGAGUUUUGCUUCCUAAAUGCUUAAGCAACAUUGAUUUUAUAAUGUAUUCAAAUUUUAUGAUAACUACUUGAUCAAGUAUAUUCUCUUAGGAUCUAGGUGAAAGGGAGCAUCGUAGUAAAAUGCAUAAGUCUGCCAGCACAGGAAAAGUUUCUUUUGUUAUUCACACUUUUCAUAUUCAGGUAAAACUAUAUAUAUUUUUGUUCUACAGAGCAAGUUCAAAUAUUUUUGUAUGUAUAUAGUUUUACAUCUUUAUAUAUUUAGUCAGUAUCAAGAAUAUUUCUGAUUCCAGGUUCAGAUUCAUACAAAAUGUAAAUGAAACAAUUAUACAGAGACAUCAUGUACAAACACAAAGUAAAUAAGUGUGUUUGAAUUUAAAAUGCACUUGAAGCAUACUGUCCGUCCAAAGAGACUCGCUUAAGAAAAAGGGUCAAAUAUAAGGAGAAUGGCUCAGUGGGAACAUUAUAUGAAAGGUCAUUUAACAUUCCAGUUAUCUUCCAGUGUUUUUAUAUAUUUCCUAGGCAGAAUUUAGCCAGAUUUAAAGUAUAGUACAUAAAGGUUAUUCUCAGGAAAGGAAAGAUGUACUUUUCUCUUUUUAGAGAAAAGUUUAGUCUAUUUACCCUGGAUUAUUUUACUACUGCUGUAUAGAAACAUGAGAAUAUGUAUUUCUAAUCUGUAUGAUACAUUAACCUUUUAUACAGAUUUUUUUUUUUUUUUUUUUU